GAUUGACUUUUAUUCUGUAUCGUGUACCUGAGUGAAACGGCUUAUGAAAUUAUAAAACUGUAGGGUGGGCUUCAUUUGACCCUUUCCUUCCCUUUUUGGUUGGUUUGUUGUAAAUCGUGCCUUUAGGGGAUGCCCAAAGCUGCCGGGCCAUUGGACAAAUGAAGUCAGAGGGGAGUGUCUGCCAUACCGCAUAUUCAUCUAGACCGAGGAAGGGAGGAGAUACUGUCACACAACAUCAGGUCUCCAGUGAGUAUGGCUAUGAGACAGACUCCUCUCACCUGUUCUGGUCACACCAGACCUGUUGUGGAUCUGGCGUUCAGUGGAAUAACCCCUUAUGGAUAUUUCCUUAUUAGUGCUUGUAAAGAUGGCAAACCUAUGAUGCGCCAGGGGGACACUGGGGACUGGAUCGGGACAUUCUUGGGUCACAAGGGUGCUGUUUGGGGUGCCACCUUAAAUAACGAAGCUACAAAAGCAGCUACAGCUGCAGCAGAUUUUACGGCAAAGGUGUGGGAUGCUGUCACUGGAGAUGAGGUCCUCACCCUGGCACACAAGCACAUUGUGAAAUCUGUGAACUUCACACAGGACAGCAAAUGUCUCCUGACUGGCGGGAAUGAUAAAAUGCUGCGCAUCUUUGACCUCAACAAACCUGAAGCAGACCCUCAGGAAAUUGCAGGCCACACUUCUGCAAUAAAGAAAGCUCUUUGGUGUAACAAAGACCAACAGAUUAUCUCAGCUGCUGAGGACAAAACUAUCAGGCUGUGGGACAGGAACACAGCGGAGACAGUGAAGACACUGUCAUUUGAGACAUCGGUUAGCAGCAUGGAGUACAUUCCUGAUGGCGAGGUUCUUGUCAUCACUUACGGGAAAACUAUUGCUUUCUACAAAGCCCACAGUUUGGAUCUGAUAAAGACUGUUGAUGCCCCUGCUUCUAUUCACUCGGCCUCCCUGCAUCCUGAGAAAGACUACUUUGUUGCGGGAGGAGAUGACUUCAAACUCUAUAAAUAUGAUUACAGUACCAAGGAGGAAAUUGAGUCAUAUAAGGGACACUUUGGACCUGUGCACUGCGUGCGUUUUAGCCCUGAUGGGGAGCUUUAUGCCAGUGGAUCAGAGGAUGGAACUCUGCGGCUGUGGCAGACCGCUGUAGGAAAAACCUAUGGCUUGUGGAAAUGUGUCCUGCCUGAGGAACUUACAUCAGAGAACUCUGAAGCCCUAUACUGCCCUCAACCAGAGAUCAAGGCCUGAGUGUGGAGAGUGAGAGAGGAAGCCAAAGGAGGAGAGAUCACGGGAGAGGUCAGGGGGCGGGACGGGUCAAGGAAUCCACACCCCAGUAGAGUGCUGUGCCACCACCCUUCUUCACCUGAGACGGACCGAACUGCCGAGCAUGACUUUGGAGCGUGGCGAUUAAAAAGCCAAACGCACACAUACACGCACAUUGUAGAAGUGAGCAUCAGGAGACUGCAGUAGAGCUGAGGGUGCGAGCGUGAAUGCUAAUCCUCCAGCUGCCUGCUUUUUCUUUGAUACACAUGAUACACCAGUCAGCUCCAUAUACAGCGGUCUGUUUCUGCAGCACUGUGAUCACUUUGGUUAAUAUUUUGCUUUUUUUGUUUUGGUGUUACGACGUGUGCUUUUGGUACAUUUGUUUCUUUUCAAGGGAAUAUAUGCAAGAGCUCAUGUUCAAUUUGAUGACAUCUCUCAGUGGACGUGGUCUUGAGGAACGUGUUAUUCAAAUGUUAGUCAAUAGUAGUGUGAACUUGUGGUAAAUGUUUUGCCCAUGAGAGAAUGUGAAUGCUGGGAAAUACGUAAAACUUAAAAGUGACUUAUGUUCUGUAUUAAUUUUGUCUUUUGUUGCAACGUGACAAGUUGUAUCAUUUGGCCAAUAAAAUGUUGUUGACAUAUCUUUA